CAGAUGGAGCAAAUACAACGUUUAUCUGAUGAUGUUCUCUAUAUUAUUUCUGAAAAAUUACUUUUUAAAAAAGUUUAUGGUCAAGUUGAUUUGCGAAUUAUAAAUGGUUGUACUCUUUUUAUGUAUCACAGUGCAAGAAAUAUGAGAGCGGUUCUUUCUCAUUUUUCUAAAAUGAAGCGACUUUAUAUAUCCAAUUAUGGCAAUAAUGAUAGUGAAAAUAAUAUAUUUAUUAGUUUUGGCCGAGAUGAUAAACGUUUUAAGAUAUGUUUAUUUUAUCCUUUUCCUUUAAGUUUUUACGUUAUCAGCAAAAACUUUUUUUCGGAUCUUCUUGAAGCUGGUUUAUUAAACAUUUCAUCUAUUCAUAUAAAUGAAAUUCUUGGAAAUUUACCCAAAAUUGAUUUUUCUGCAACAAAUAAAAAUAUCUGGAAAUAUUUGCUUAGUCUUGAAGAAAAACACUUAAUUACAUUACUUUCAAUGAAUAUUGAAAAUUUGGAGUUUUGCUGCAUUGGUGGAAAUAUAUUUAAUUGCGAUCCUAAAUGUUUUGAACUUAUUUUACUCGAAAGACCUUCAGUUCCUAUGGAACGAUCAAAGAAAAUUGCAAGUAAAUGUAAUAUUGAAAUUAAGUCUACAACCAAUUUUGUCAACAAUUUAAUUAAUUAUAUACAAUUUUUACUACUUUCCUGCCCAAAUUUAGAAUCUAUUGAAUUUGUUUUUACUGCUUUUCUUAAUGACUCUGGCCCAAACAAAUCAAUUUCUGAUGAUGAUUCUUUUCUUAACGCAAUUUCACCCGAAAAAUUUCUCUUAAAUCUUGAAUCCGUUAUUAUUUCAUUUAUUGAGCAUCUUAAAAAUUUAAAUACUGGUGGGAAAAAUUUGAAAAUCGAAGUAGAAUUUAUGUCAAUAUUUGAUGACGAUACGUUUGAUGAAAUCGAUACUGACAACAAACUUUUUAAUUUGGGGAAACCUUUUGAAAUAAAAAUCGAUGAUUUAUUGGAAGAUGAUGAGGAGUAUCCAGCCUAUUAUGCACGUAAUAUAGAAAUUGUUGAUUCUGUUGGAAGACAACACGAAUGUUUGGUUCAAAUAAUUUCUGAAGGAUUUUAUGGAUUAUGA